AUGCGGGUUAUCGGUCUCACAGGUUCUAUUGCUACCGGCAAGUCGACAUGUGCAAGCGUCCUUUCCUCCCCACCCUACUCUCUACCUCUAAUCGAUGCCGACCUUCUCGCACGAAAAGCAGUCGAGCCAGGGUCAUGGGGCUAUCGUCGGAUUGUAUCAACGUUUGGACCCUCCACACCAGAUCUGCUUCUCCCAGCCUCUGAUCCACAGUGCGGGGGAAAGGAAGAUGGACCAAGUGGGAUGGGAAGACCGCUGAACAGACCUGCGCUGGGAAGGAGAGUCUUCGGCAACAGCGAAGAACGAGUUCAAGACAGGAAAAAGCUCAAUGGUAUCGUCCAUCCUGCUGUUAGGUUCUACAUGGUGCGGUCGGUGCUCUACUAUUACCUGCUAGGACAUUGGGCAGUUGUGCUUGAUAUUCCUCUGAUGUUCGAGUCCGGGCUUGAUAUAUUCUGCAGCACAAUCCUUGUCGUUGCGGUCUCUGAACCCAAGAUCCAGUUAGAGCGACUUCGGGCAAGAGACCCACACCUGUCUGCAGAAGAUGCAGAGAACAGAGUUAAAAGCCAGGUUGACGUUCGAGAGAAAGCUGCAAGGAAUCAAGCUCGGAACAAUGGCAACCCAGAAGCAGGGAAAGGCUAUGUCGUCUACAAUGAUGGUGGCAAAGAGGAUCUGAAAGUGCAGCUCGCAGAGGUGAUGCAGAAAAUCAGGUCGAGGAGCCCAAGAUGGUGGGCUUGGCUGCUGUUACUUUGUCCACCACUCAUGGCCAGCUCGGCGGCCUGGGAGGUCCUUCGGAACUGGUGGGUGAGACGGAAUACGGUCAAAGAAAGGGGUGAGGAACUUGCUAAAGCAAAACUUUGA